UUAGACUAUGUCGUCAUCAAACCUUCUCUUGAGCAACAGAAAAUAAACAAUCCACCAAACCAUUGCACAUCUUUUUUUUCGAAUUUAGUGAAUUUCCAAUCAUAAAAAAUGAUUAAAUUUAGACAUUUGGUCACAGUUCCAGUAUCGUUGUUCUCGUUCGCCUACACAUUAUAUGCAGUGGGACAGUUAAUCUGGUUUUUGUCGGUCCCAAAUAAAAUCAAAAAAGAAUACACUUGGCUGCUUAACAUACUGGAUAAUCCAUCGAGAUUCGAGGCUUCCUUGCUACCCAUCUCGUUGGACACGGUCCUGGCAAUCUUAUUCAUUUUUCAACACAGUUUAAUGCGAUCCAAUUUGGUGAAGUCAAUUUGGAACAAACUUGGAUUGUCGACCAUUGAACGGAGUAUCUACAACAUUGCUACAUCGGGAGCGUUGUUGAUUCUGAUAAAAAAUUGGAAAACAGUACCCGCUUUCAACUUGUGGAGCGUAGACGUAGAGAACAAUACAUCAGUUUAUUGGGCAUUCGUCAUUUUGCAUAUAUUUGCAUGGAGUGUUAUCUGCGGUGGAUGCGUUUUAUAUGAAUUGCCGGAAUUGCUUGGUUUAAGCCAAGUUUACAACGAUGUUAACAACUGUUUACCACCUAUAGCAUACAAAUCGUCCGAGCUGAGACGUCUGAUACACCGUGUGCGUCAUCCUUCAUUCCUUGCAUUGACGGUCAUUUUAUGGGCAUUUAAUCUAAUGAGCCUGGAUCGUCUCAUAUUAGCGUUCUUGUGGACUACUUACAUGUACGUAGCCUGGAACACAGACGACCAAGACGUGAUUUAUCAUCGAUCGCAAUUGGCAAAAAAGAAAUUGGAAUUGAAAAGUCAAUUUAGAUAUUCGCGGUAUUAGCACAUACGUUCGAUAGAUUUGUGCCGUUGGACGUGUAUCAGCUGCAUGCGACAACAUUAACUUUUUAAUCAUAAGAUUGUGUUCAUUGUUUUACGUUAACCGUCCUACCUCCUUCGUCCGUAAUUAAUUCUAUUUCUGGUGGAAUGAGACAUUUUUCUAUAAUAAAAGAAACUAAAUCGAA